AUGAGAGAUACUGCUGUUCAGUCAGAGGCUAGAGCACCUACACGUACCUAUGCCAUUCGAGCAAGAGAGGAAGCUACGGCCCCAGAUGUGAUUGCUGAUAUAUUCUAUCUUUUUGAUGUUACUGUGUAUGUAUUGAUUGACCCAGGGUCCACUCAUUCUUAUAUUUGCAUUUCAUUAGUAGCGAAAAAGAAGUUACCUGUUGAAUCUACUGAUUAUGAUAUUCAAGUUACUAAUCCAUUAGUGGGAAAUUAUAGAAAGAAACGGAUUGAUUUGAAAUGUCAGAUAGGAGAGAUGAUUUCAGUUGAGUCUGAGAAUCCAAAAGAAAUUAUUAGAAUUAUUUUAGCCUUUUCUACUCAGAGAUUGAUGCGAAAAGGUAAUGAGGCAUAUCUAGGCUACACUCAGGAUUCUGAAUCGAAGCUAGAACAGUUACCGGUUAUUAAUGAGUUUGUUGAUGUAUUUCCUGAAGAAUUGUCGAGUUUAACACCUGAUUGUGAAGUUGAGUUUGUGAUUGAUGUGGUUCCUAGAACGACCCCGAUAUCAGUAACACCAUACCGGAUGUCACAAGCUGAACUAAAGGAAUUAAAGGCUCAAUUGUAA